AGUAUACGUCUAGACUGCAAAUUGGAAAGACUCAAGCGAAAAUCCGUACCAAAAGAAAAAUCGUGACAAAAAUUAUCCACAAAGGGAAAGUGUUAGUCGUUUGGUUAACUUAGUUGUUUAUUGUGUGUAACAGAAGGAAAUAAGGAAAAUUCCUUAGCCAAUAAGUUUUAAGUGAAAAAAUAUGGCCUUAAGUUCUAAUAAUCGUAAUGAUAACAUUGAAAUGGAACCACUCACCACAAAACAAAUUCCGGGCGCAUUGUGCACAACACCGAAGCCGAAAAGAGCGAAUGCGAAAAAAUUGCAAUUUUCUACCCCCGAAUUUAGUGUGACACCAAUUUCAACAAUAUCUGGAAAUCCUAGACUAAUGCCCAGCCGACGGAGAGAGGAAGCAAUGGUUAUGGCUAAUUUGAGGAAGCGUGUAGCGGCUUGUGAUUUAACACGAACAAGACCUACACCCGAAGACCAAAAUGCAAAUGAAGCUGAACAAGAACAACUCGAUAACAGACCGUUAUUGCCGAAGGUUAACUCAAAGCGUGAUCUGAAAGACGGCGAAGAAUCACCGAAACCUAUUUUACAGGACAAAGAUUUUAUUUUGGAUUGUUUAUGCUGGCACAAUGAAUAUCGCGCUCGGCAUUCAGCACCAGCGUUAGUAAUAUCACCGGGGCUAUGCGACCAUGCACAGCAGUGGGCGAAUCACUUGGCUAGUACGAACGAAUUUUACUAUCGGUCGCAAAAGAACCUUGGGCAAAACCUUUUCUGUUGUCCCAUCUCAGCACUUGUCACAGAUUUGACUGGUCAAGAAGUCGCUUCCUAUUGGUAUAGUACCGUGAGGCGUUACAAUUAUUUUAAAGAUAUAAAUCUGUUGCAUACGAACGUUAAUGCCGGUCACUUCACUCAGAUGGUAUGGAUCGGCUCUAAAUACUUUGGUGUGGGAAAAGCUACAUCGAGUACGGGAAAAAUAUUUGUUGUGGCUUACUACUACCCUGCAGGUAACGUCGUCAAUGCCUUCCACGAAAAUGUACUGUUCCCGAUUCUGGACGACCAGGACCAUCCGAAGUCGCCCAAGGAUUUGGACAACAACCCAAUUGCGCCGAUCUUAAAAGUGAGUGGUACACAUUAGAACGAAAUCAAAGGACGGUGCGUAAUAUUGUAACGGUUUCGUAAUGAUGUGUACCACGAUUACCAUAAAUCUUCCAAAAAACGCAAAAAUUGAUUAUUAAAAUGUGAAAAAUCAUUAGUUUUGGAUAAAAGUUGAAAUUAUGCAAAAUGUUGUUAGGAACAAAUUGAAUUCCAAGAGGCCUGAAUGUGUUUUCGUUUCUGUUAAAUUCAAUUCGCUCACAUUUUGAAGCGUGUAGUAGUUGCUAGGUUUGUACAAUGAAAAAAUAUUUUUUUUAAGUUUAGCUUUUUGUAAUAGAUUUACCCGAAAAUAUUUACAUUGAGUACGCUUAGCACGCUCAAUAUGUUACUUAACAGAUCGUGAGCUGAUAAUUUAUUUCAAAUCAAGAACCUACAAGCAGAUAAAUACCGGCCCUUACAGCCAGUCAUGUAAUCUGUUAUUAUCAACAUCGACAGAGAAGACGAUGAGCGUUCACUCAAAAAUGUUUGCUAAAACGAAUGAAGUAGUAGAUCUGUCUGUUAUGGAUUAUAUCAGAUAAAGUGGUAGAUUCGAUACAUUCUUCGAUAAUAAUUCCCGUAUAGUCUUGGAUGUAUCCAUGCAGUCCUAACAGGGCUUACU